AUGUAUUUUUCUGAGUACCCAGACUUUUUCUCAGCCAAAUUAAGGCCAAAAAAUCUGGAUAAAAUUUUAAAGCAAUUGGAAGAAGGAUUUAUCCAAAGAAGUUUAAAGGACAAUGAUACAACUAAUACGAACGAGCGGAUUAUAGUGAUAACGUCUGGUGGUACCAAAGUGCCACUUGAAAAAGUGGACGUGAGGAACAUGGACAAUUUUUCAACGGGUAGGAGAGGAUCACGUAUGUGUGAGUACUUUUUGAGGAAAAAUUAUAGAGUUGUUUUCCUCCAUCGGAGUGGUUCUUUCACUCCUUUUGAAAAUCAUUUACGAUGUUUUUCAUCCAUUGACAGUGUUACAAUUGGGAAUAACAGGAAUGAUAGGAAGGAUACAAAGGAUAGGGAUGAUCGGGAUGAUAGGAAUGAUACAAAGGAUAGGAAUGAUAGGAAUGAUGCAAAGGAUAGAAACUAUAGGAAUGAUGCAAAGGAUAAUGGUAGUAGCAUUAGUAGCAAUAGUGGUAGUAGCAGUCACAGUGGUUGGAACAACCGGAGAGACUGCAUCAUGUUCAAUCUGAGUGCAUCAGAUAACAGGCUACUCCUAAACGAUAUCUUGGACUACAAUAAAUAUAAAAAAAAUCUUUUCUGCGUUUCGUUUGAAACUAUUUUUGAUUAUGCUUUUUACUUAAUUGAAAUAUGCAAUUUGUUAAAUGAAAAUGUGAAGGGCUCCCAACUGUGUAGUGUGGACUCUAUCACAGACAAACAAGGGGAAAAGGAAAAGUUUCGUAGUGCUAGUAAUGGUGCUAGCAAUGGUGCUAGCAAUGGUGGUGGUACUAGUGAUAGUACUAUCUUAGAACGAGUAUAUCUUGAGGUGAAGGCCAUCCUAAACGAGGUGAUCUUGCUGGUAACACAUGAUGAAGGGAAUACCGAAUCGAAGGCGAGUGUACGAGUUGACAGAGGACAGGCAUCUCAGCUGAUAUUCAGUUUGACGUCAUUUGGAUUGGAUUCAUUUAGCAAGAACAUGGAUGUGGUAACAGAUGGGAUAACAGAUGUGGUAACAGAUGUGGUAACAGAUGUGGUAACAGAUGGGGUAACAGAUGGGAUAACAGAUGGGGUAACAGAUGGGAUAACAGAUGGGGUAACAGAUGGGAUAACAGAUGGGGUAACAGAUGGGAUAACAGAUGGGGUAACAGAUGGGAUAACAGAUGGGGUAACAGAUGGGAUAACAGAUGGGGUAACAGAUGGGAUAACAGAUGUGGUAACAGAUGGGGUAACGGAUGUGGUAACAUAUGGGGUAACGGAUGUGGUAACAGAUGUGGUAACAGAUGUGGUAACACAUGGGGUAACGGAUGGAGUAACGGUAGAGAAUCUACUCGCCGACGUGCGAAUCUUCUUUAAAUACAUUAUUUUCAUUUUGAAUGACCUGCUUUGUAAAGAAGAUGAGUGCAUUUUAGAGCAACGUAUUGUUCAAGGCGUAAUUAUACCGAAAGCACUUUCUUUUAUUAAUAAACUUGAAAGUUGUAUGGGGAAAUGCACGCACAACAUAUCUGAUGAGGGUAGAAGCAAAAGAAAUAAGCAUAGUAUUGCACAUACUGAUCAAGGUACAAAUAUAGAUGAAGCGGAACAAUCAUGUGCCCCCACAAACUUAAAAAUAUAUACACGUGAACAACGCCAUUUAGUUAUCUUGUGUGCUGCUGCAAGUGACUUUUAUAUACCAUAUAACCAAUUAAGUGAAACCAAAAUUGAUAGCAACAUGAAUCGAACACUUCAUUUUUGUAUGAUGUUAACACCAAAAAUGUAUAAAAUAAUAAGGAAAUAUUUUCCCUAUCUAAAUCUAUGCAUUUUUAAGUUAGAAGAUAAUGAAAAAAAGUUAAUACAAAAAGCAAAUGAAAGAAUACAGUAUGCAGAUUUAUUAAUUGCCAAUAUACUGAAUCAGAGAUACGAUUUUGUUUAUGUUUUUAAAGAGAAGCACAAUUAUGUCUUAUUAAAAAGAUGUACCUCCAAACCCAUUGAAAAUGAUAUUUGCCAUUACAUCUGUGGACAUUUCAAUUUUGCCAUAAAGGACUGA